CACACCUCCCGCACACCUCCCGCGGCUGCUGCCCUUCCGCCGCCGCCAUGGAGGGCUUCGUGGACUUCACCAACCGCAGCCAGGGCCGCGACCAGCUCUUCCGAGCCACUCAGUACACAUGCAUGUUGCUUAGCUAUUUAAUAGAGCAUAAGGCUGGUAAAGAGAAGCUGGUAAUGAAACUCAAGCAGUUGGAAUCUAGCAUGAGCUCUGGCCGGAAAAUGUUCAGACUGGGCAACAUGGUACAUGCCUUGGUAGCAGCCAGGAGAACUACACAGCUGCCAGAUGCGGUUCCUCGCUUCUGCCUUACAGCCUCCAACCUGACCCGUGCCAUCUACUUCGUCUGCGAUGCAGUCCUGUGGUUCAAGAGCGUUGGGCUUCAACCUGACAUCGAUAAGGCAAAGUGGCGGAAUUGGGCUACCAAGUGUUACUACUUUUCACUCCUGAUGAAUCUAGCCAGGGACUGGUAUGAGAUCUCCUGGAGGCUGGAACAAGCUGUACAGGAAGAAAAGAUAAAGGAGAAUUCCUUCUGGGACGAACACAGUCAGGAACGAAACUGUGCAAAAUGUGAUAGUUUGCACGGUUUUCUCCUCCUGCUAUUUCAGAUACUGAAAAGACAUCCUCCUUUGCUGCUAGACUUGGUGAAGAAUCUCUGUGAUCUCUCAGGUCCUUUGGAUACGCUAGGGAUCUACAAGACCAACCCAGGAGUGAUUGGUUUCUGUGGCGUCAUCUCCUCCCUUGUGGGGAUCCUCAUGUUAGCAAGCCCACAUCUGAAGCUGAAACAAUGACAUAACAGGAGCUGCACAGUAUGCAGCCAGCCAACAGCUUUGAUCCUCUGAUAGGUUUUUAUCCUCCAUAUGGCACUUUCAAAAUGAACAUGUCUUACAGUAACCUCAAGAUUAAUUUUGUCCUCUGGAUAAGUGAAUUCUACCCUUUUCCCUUCCCUGUGUCUUCACAGAUGAGUUUGGUGCUAUGACACGCUCCCUGAUGGAGCGCAGGUGGGAGAAGACAGAGUAGUAUUUCACAAACAGGAACAGGACUUGAAACAUGGCUGCUAGAUAAGGAAAUACUGACGUUCCUAUAUUUUAAUACAGGGUUGUGAAAUAGCUGCAUAGAAAACUAUAACAGGUAUAUGACUCAUAAAUAAUCAUGUUUACACUGGGAAGCUGGAAUUCACCAAUUCAAGGUUCCUACAGCCAGAUUUUCUAUAGUGGGCUCAGGCAACUUAGGAACUGCAGGUAAAAUGGCCUGAAGCCAAGUACGAGUAUUCUGAUGGGUUUGAGUUGAUGACUCCUGUUAUCUGUAGGCAGUGGUUUGAAUGCAGUGUGAUGGUAACCGAAGAGUGGUGUGAACUGACCUCCCGAUGACCUCUGUAGUGCACUGGUGAUGCUGGAUCUGUAAUCUAGGGAGCGCCAACUUGUGUCCCAGGAAAUCAGCACUUUCUUCUUUUCCUUUAAUAAUGUGAGCCAAGGGCUGUUGACCACCGGCUCUGACUUUUCCAGCGGGCUAUGGCUGAGGAGUUCGGUGAAGGACAGUGUGUGGGAGAAGCUUGUCUGAGUGCUGAUGAUGCUGUGAUUUGUAGGGAACUAGGUUUCCAAAGCUGUGAAUCUGGAACCACUCACAAGCAUUAAAUUUCCCAUUAUACAUGCACCUUAACUCCCAAACCCCUGUGAUUCCAAGUGCAACAGUUUUCCAUUAAUCAUAUGGUGAUAAGGAGCUUGUUUUGCUGUUUUAAUUUUACAUUAAAAAAUCCAGUAUAAUAAGGAGCUUUAGAACCUGCAGUUAAGGAGAGAAGCCUGGCUUAGAGCUCGUUGAGUCAGAAAAACUGCAAGGGUGUGUUUCUGGUUGUGUAAGCUCUGGGAAGGAAGGGAAUGGAGUUGAUCGUGAUGAUAUCGGAAUCCCCUGUGAGAAGAAAAGCUGGAUUUGGGCAUUCGUGAUUUAUAUUUUCCUCUCUGGUUCUCCCUAUCCUCCCACCUCAUGACCACGAGAUUUUUUGCAUGUUCCCUCACGGGUUGAAUGAGUUCUACUAUUUGAAAAUGCCUUAUAUUUGCCCUGCAACUGCAUUAUUGUUCAUCGCUUAUCUUGCUAGGAAUGAUUGCCUGGCAGCGUAAUCUAAGUUAAAGGAGAAAUGCUGCAUCGAGCUGUCUAACAUGUCAUGCAGUUGCUCCUGACUUUGCGGAGUACCAGUUCUGACAACAUCUGAGAAAAAUUUGCACAUUAUACAGGAGAUAAAAUUACCAAUUUUUCUCCAUCAGAGCUGGGCCUGUGUGUUCUGCUACUUUCUGGUGCAAGGGCUCCUUGUUUAAUCUGUGAGUAGAUGUGUACAGAUACUACUCUAACCUUGACCAGGGUACUCGUUAUUUAUGGUGCUGUCUGGAAACAGAAAUUAAAAGGUGCUGAUCUCCUUCAUUAAAAGGCAAAGGCUAUGGAAUUGAGUAGGCAUGGUAAGGCACUGCCGCAGUUUAUCUUAAGUCAUUGUGGUCAGGCUUGAAAUUACUUCCAGUUUGAAUCUGAAGUGUUAGCCUGCCAAUGAAGUGUUUAAACAAAAAAGACGUUGCUGAGCAGGGUAAUUAAGUGCGCUUGAAGACCAAGUGUGGCCUACAGCAGCUCUUCUUUUUAAUAUGGAAAUAAAUACCACUAAAAGUGUAGAGUGUACUGGCAAUUGAGACCAUAAUGGAGCAUUAUAUGGGAUUGUUGUCUUCAAGAGCUUCCUCGACUUUUUAACAAUGGAAUUUUUUUGUUUCUUUACUCCAUUUGUCUUUGAGCUCCCGGCAAUGCGCAGCCCAUCCCUCCCUUGGUCAGAUUUGAUCAUUAUCCCAGUGUGUGGCAACCCCUGUAAGGAAAGAAGAGGAGCGCUGAUGAUCUGGCAGGGGAGGUUUAGCCAUCUUUUCUCUACAGAAUUUCAUCUUGCAAAAACUAUGUUUUGAAUUCCUUUCAGGGAUGCUCUCAGAUACAAAAUACUUCUUUCACUGGUUUGCAAAAUGAUUUCUCAUUUUCUCUUGUAUGUUGUGGGUAAAGGGAAAUGGAUUAAUAUAGUGAUGUGGCCCCUAGUCAGCUACACCUCCCUGUGCCCUGAGGGGGGAGGAGGGUGGGUUUUCCCUUGUGCCAGGCAAACACUAUGCAAGGCCAUGAGCCAGGCUUUGAUGUUUCUCCUGUAGGGACUAGUGUGGAUUAGCAAGUACAGGCUUAAUGCGGGAGGUGGGGCAGUGAAUUUUCAGCCUGUCUCAGCCUUACCUGUCCCAUUCUACAUGAUGUGUGUUGGAACAUACAGGAGUAACUCUUCUUACUGGAUGUUGAGCACUAAUACUUGCCUUCUGCUCACCAGCCGGAGGCUAGCAAUUUAAUGUAUCUUAAUGUAAUGUGACUGAAGCCAUAGAAUCAUAAUCAUAUGGAGAAAAUCCUUUUAGUGCCUUUUUUCUUUUAAUAUCUGUUUCUAAUACAGCAGUUAGAAUAAGGACAGCUGUUUGAACACAAGCAAUAAACUGAGAUAAGUGUGA